UGCUUCUCUCCACACAGACACACACACAUCGCACUUGACUUGCCUCAACCCAACGACCGAAGACACAAACUAUCUCCAGUCCCCAACAAAGAGCGACAACUUCGAAUUGAUUCCAGUGUCGGGCGACACAUCUCCCUAUAUGAGACUUGGGGAGGUUUGAGACUAGAGAAACAAGCAAAGAGAGGAUCCACAGCAGAGGUUUCCUUGAGCAGACGAUGGAACCAUGAUAUCCAUAGACCACCUCGAAGAGUACCAGGGGACAGUAGAAGAUGCCACCGGCACCACAUGGAACUGGACACGUCAGACCAUGAACUACGUGGGGCAGCUGGCCGGGCAGGUGUUCGUCCAGGUGAAGGAGCUCUACCGGGGGCUGAACCCGGCCACGCUGUCGGGGUGCAUCGACGUCAUCGUGGUGCGACAGCCCGACGGCACCUUGAGGUGCUCGCCCUUCCACGUGCGCUUCGGCAAGAUGGGCGUGCUCCGCUCCCGCGAGAAAGUGGUGGACAUAGAGGUCAACGGGGAGGCAGUGGAUCUGCAUAUGAAGCUGGGGGACAACGGAGAGGCCUUCUUCGUCCGGGAAACAGAAAACGAUGAGGAAGUGGUUCCGUCCUACCUGGCGACUUCGCCCAUCAUGUCCGACGGUGCCAUCUUGAUCAGCGCGUCCUUGAUGAGCAACAAGAGCUGCGGGCUCACCGUCCAAUCUCUGGGCGCCGGAGGCACAGCCGGAGAGAACGGGAGCGGGGCGAUGAUGAAGAAGAGGAGGAAGAGGAGGAGGAAGGCGGCUUGGGCGGGCAGCGUGUGGCGGGAAGAGAGCGGGGAGUACUCUGGGGAAGAGGACAUGUUCACCAUCGACAUCAGCUCAGAUGAGGAGAGGGCGAUGGAGACCAGCAGGGCCCGUGAAGUAUUCAGAGACGAGGGGACUGUCUGCUCUAACGGUGGCUCAUACAAAACGUCCGGGGUUUACGCCCGUUCAGACGGAGACUGGAGUCCUAAACACAGCCCUAAUGUCUCUCGGCCCAACACGCCCAAGAGUGACUCAGAGCUCAUGACGAAGGCGAAGGAGUCGGCCAAUCGGGACCCAGCGAUGCACUGGGCCUGGGGGGAACUGCCCCAGGCUGCCACGCCGUCCUUCCUCCCGCUCCAAUCCGAGCCGCUGUCUGGAGGCUCCCUCAUGUCCAUCCGGUUGUCCGACAGUACCCACUUCCGGGUCAUCCCCCCGGACGCGGCCCCCGAUUACGGCGAGAUGCACCGCGCUGCCGCCGCCGCCGCCGCCGCGUCGCCAACGCCAUCCCACGGCCGGGGGCUCGCCGCCACGGCAACAGCAGGAGAGGAAGAGGAAGCGGGAGGAAGAACCGUCCCUGUCGAGAGGCCGGUGGUCCCCGGCGUUGGCAUGGAGAGCGAGACGGGGGAGGAGACGGGGGCGGAGUUAAGCGCGGCGGAGUUAAGGGCGGGCGCCUUGGCUGCCAGCGUGUUGUUGGAAACGGACAUCAUCACGGCCCAUCCGCUUCCAAAGACGGAUUCUCCCUCCAAGAAGAAAGAUAAAAGGAGCCGCCAUCUUGGCUCCGACGGCAUCUACCUGGAUGACAUCACGGAACUAGAGCCCGAGGAGGCAGCGCUGUAUUUUCCUAAAAGUGAGGGCGGUGGGACCGAGAGGUCCGGCCUGGAGCAGGCCCCCCGCAGUGCCAGCCUGUCCCCCCAGUGGGUCAGCUCCGGGGGGGACAGCGGAGUGGACAGCUACUGCGACCAGAUGACCGACCUGCCCGCCAUCGCCAUCUCUCUGUGUGGGGGCCUCAGCGAGAACAGGGAGAUCACCAAAGAUCAGUUCCAGGCCAAGGCUAUCUCCUACCAGCAGUUUUCCGAGACCCCCACCCUUAUCGAGGACCCCAACCUGGUCGUGAAGAUCGGCUCCAAGUACUAUAACUGGAACACAGCAGCACCGCUGAUGCUUGCUAUGCAAGUCUUCCAGAAACCUCUGCCAAAGGCUACAGUAGAGAACAUCAUGAAGGAGAAGAUGCCAAAGAAGGGAGGCCGAUGGUGGUUCUCGUGGAGAGGAAGGUCCAGCAGCAGUAAAGAGUCCAACUCUGAGCGUGGAGGCGUUGAUUCAGAGGAGCAGUCUGAGAACUUGGAAGGGAUGAACAGACAUAAAGAGGAGUCGUCCUCCAGUGACGACGACCACAUGCGAGACACCAAGGGCCCCGCCCCGUCCAAUCAGAAGCUGUGCUCCUCGCCGGGGGGCGUGUCUUACAAGAAGACGCUCCGCCUCACCUCUGAGCAGCUGCUGUCGCUGCAGCUGCAGGACGGACGCAAUGACGUGGUGUUUCAGCGGACCACCCAGUACCAGGGCACCUGCCGCUGCCAGGGCACCAUCUACCUGUGGAACUGGGACGACAAGAUCGUCAUCUCAGACAUCGACGGCACCAUCACAAGGUCAGACACUCUGGGUCAUAUCCUGCCCAACCUUGGGAAGGACUGGACCCAUCAGGGCAUCGCCCAGCUCUACCACAAAGUCAGCCAGAACGGCUAUAAGUUCCUGUACUGUUCUGCGCGAGCCAUCGGCAUGGCGGACCUGACGCGGGGCUACCUCCACUGGGUCAACGAGAGAGGCACCAUGCUGCCGCUGGGCCCCGUGCUGCUCAGCCCCAGCAGCCUCUUCUCCGCCCUGCACAGGGAGGUGAUUGAGAAGAAGCCAGAGAGGUUCAAGGUGGAGUGUCUGACCGACAUCAGGAACCUCUUCUUCCCCAACAAAGAGCCCUUCUAUGCAGCCUUCGGAAACCGACCCACGGAUGUCUUUUCUUAUAAGGAGGUAGGUGUCCCCCUGAACCGGAUCUUCACCGUCAACCCCAAGGAGAGCUGGUGCAGGAACCACGCCAAGACCAACAUCUCAUCAUAUGUGCGUCUGGGGGAAGGGGACCACGUAUUUCCUUUGCUCAUGAGAGCCAGUUCGUCUGCCUUCCCCUGCGCGGAUACCUUUAGCCAAUUUACCUACUGGAGGGAGCAGCUCCCUCUGGUGGACAGUCAGGAAACUACAGCUCCAGAGACGGCUAGCGCCACCGACGACUGCAGCGGACGGGCAGUGGGCAGCGGUGUAGCGUUCUCCAGAUUUUGUUUAAUGUAGGCUAUGUGAUUGUGUGUGUGUGUGUGUGUGUGUUGUGUGUGUGUGGUGUGUGUGUGUGUGUGUGUGUGUGUGUGUGUGUGUGUGUGUGUGGUGCGUGUGGUGUGUGUGUGGUGUGUGGGGUGUGUGGGUGUGGGUGUGGGUAUAUGGGUGGGUGGGUGACAUUUAGAGAGAUUUUAGUGAGGAGCAGUUGCAGAGUGUGACUCCUUUUGUCUUAAUUGAACAAUGUUCAGUAAAACUGCACUUUCUUUAAGGGAUGCCAUCCGUGGCUGAAAUGAUGUAUGAACAGAGAUACAUGCAAACAUUGAUAGAUAGAUCGAAUAGACGAUCGAUCGAUCGAUCGAUCGCUCGAUAGAUAGAUAGAUAGAUAGAUAGAUAGAUAGAUAGAUAGAUAGAUAGAUAGAUCGAUAGAUAGAUAGAUAGAUAGAUUUGAAACGUAUACUCAGGCAGCUUAUUACAUGUCAUAUUAUAUUUAUUUGUUUUUUGAGUUGAUGCAGUUUUGAAAAAAAUAUAUAUUCUUAUUUAAACUAUAGAUUGUUUUAUUAGGUUCAUGCCGUUUUAAACAGUGGGAUACAUUGAGAAAGUUAGCAAUAUUCAACGACCCAUCGAACAUAUAUUGCGGUUGGUACUUUUAUUAGACAUUUGUUCCUAUAUUUUUCACCUAUUUUUUUAGAGAUUCUUGUUGAACACUGAAUGCAAAUGUGCAUGUCACUGUAUAUGUGAAACCAUAAUGCGUUAAGUAUAUAUGAUAUUUUUCUGUAUGUUUAAAGUAUCGCGGGCAGUUGGUAUAUUACAAAGCACAAUGCAUGUGGAGGAAGGUAUACUCGGUUGUGUAUUAGAUUUGGCUUCGAAAAAUAAGUAAACCACAUAUUCUUAGAAAGAGAAAAAGCCUUAACUUACCACUUGCUGAAUGACCCUUUGAGGAUUCAGGUAACGAGUGGAAGCUUCUGUUUGUGUGUGUGUGUGUGUGUGUGUGUGUGUGUGUGUGUGUGUGUGGUUGGGUGUGUGUGGUGUGUGUGGUGUGUGUGUGGUGUGUGUGUGGUGUGUGUGUGUGUGUGUGUAACCGAGAUGAUAUUCAAGACAUGUUAGACAUCAUUCAUAGUUUUUGUUUUAUUUUUAUACCCAAGGUCCGACAUUAUUUUGUAUGAAGGCAUGUGUUUUCGGUUUGUGGCCGCUACACCGUCAAUUGUGUUGUAUUUUUAUAUUGUCCUGUCGUUGUUACAUCCCUCAUCAUGUCAUUCAUAGAAGCUCCUCCUUCUCUGUAUAUGUGCCAUAUAUUUCAACAACAAAGUGUGUGCGUCUGUGUGUGCAUAUUUUUUGUUAGUGUGGUUGUGUGUGUGUGUGUGUGUGUGUGUUGUUUGUGUGUGUGUGUCACGUCUCUCACGUCUCGCUGCAUGUAUCCAAUCUCCUGCCAAACACGUGUAUUAAUCCAGUGUGUAACUCGUGUUAGUAGUGUGUAACUGCUUGCAUGUGUGAGCAAAACGUUACCUGAUAGCCAGAUAUUUCUUUCACACAUUCUGGUUAGAGAUCAGUCCUUUCUGCUUGGCCAAAUCAAAUGCAUUGGAUGCAAGUUGAUGUUAAGAGCUUCAAAACAAAGACGUGUUUUUAUUACCAAAGCACUGCAGAAAUGAGUAAAAUUAAAUGAGAACAAUCGGAAAUAACUUUUCUUUUGCAGCUGAAAUCCGAAAGCACAUGAACAGGGAAAUUCAGUAACUGUCAAUGUGAAUUUCCUUGUGGUUUAUUUAACUAUUAUGCAUUCUCAUUUAUUUUAAGAAUGUGACACUGAAUAUCACAAAGUAUUGUAGGAGGACUGUGUGGUGGUUGAGUAGUGAUAAUAAGACUAAUUCUUUCUAUGAAAGAGGCCACGUGGCUGUCUUGACUCAUCACUAUUCACUGAAGUUAUUUCUCCGCAGAACAUUGUUUUUUUUCUUGACCAAUUCACUGUUAAAACAUUGUUAUCAGAAUCAAUGAACUUGCCUUGGAUUAAUUCCCUGUCAAUAAUAAACAAAUCUGUUCUGUGUUGAUUA